GUUCCUCCAGAUCCAUUAACACACCACCAAAUUAUAAGACAAGAUUACAAAAGUCACACCUUUCUCUGAGCAAUGAUGGCUGUUUAUUGAGGCUCUGAAGUAUCUGCAGUGAGAGUAAAGAGUAAUCCUGUGCAGCUCUUUGUGGUAGUGUGACGCAGAAGGAUGGCAGACCUGACUCUGAGCGAUGCUCUGAAUGACAGCGUGUCCCCUCCUGCUGAGGAGAACGUGGUGCAGACGGACUUCUUUGCCAAACUGGAGGCGGAGACUUUUGAGGACAAGGUCGGGGAGACAGUGGGCAAGACAGACUACAUCCCGUUACUAGACGACGAUGGAAAGGAAACAGGUGCAGUGAUGAUGGAGAGUGGAGAACAGACUGCCCAAGGGGCAGCCAACCCUGGCACCGUAGGCCUGUCAGGGACACCAGGGGGACAGAUUGCAGUGACGCACCAGGAGCUGCAGAAGGAAGUUCAGCCACCUCUAAUAGAUCAACAGGCCGUGGUGUCAGACUUUCUUUCAGAUUUCUCUCAGCCAGUGGGAUUGGAAACCAACAUGGAUAGUGGACUUGUAUCCCUCCAAUCAGAAAAAACUUCAAGCAUCGCAGACACCCAGCAACCACCACUGUUGGCUACAGAGGCACCUAUAGCAUCUAAGAACCUUUUGGACUUCUCUGCAGGUGUCUUUGGUGACCACUGGCCAGAUGAAGCUGGCAAUCCCUCUGACCUGCCCUUCACUCCCAGUGUUUCUACUGUGAUCAGUCGCCAUGCAGGCAAUCUAACAGGGAGCCAGCAAGAUGCCCCUGACCACCAGUGGUCCCUCAGAGAUAGUGGUCUUGGGGACAGGGAUGAAAGAGAAAAUGAGGGUACUGAUCACAAAAAAGAGAAGAAGAAGAAGAAAAGAAAGCCCAAGGAUGAAGUCUUUGACCCAAUAGAAAGUAAGAGUAAGUUAGAAAUGCAAAGUGAGAACAGUGAUCUGCUUGAGGGACCUCAUCAGAUGCUGACACACAAGGAAUGUGAUCAAAAUGAAGGCUGGCAGCAUCAGGAUGUCAGUUGGGCUGGUGGAAGGAUCAAGAAAGGCAAAAGCCGUAAAAAAAUUCCAGAAGAGUGGGCAAUUCAUGCAGAGCCUUUUGUCCCUACUUCAUCUCUAAUAUCUCAUGAUUUUGGAACUGAAUUAACUUGUCCAGUACCUGGAGAUAUUCGAGCUUGUGAACAAAGCAUACUUACUCUUACUGAGGAUUACAAAGAAGAGAUCCUCAUGCCAUCAUCACUUGCUAGCGAUCUACUUUCACUUACAGCUAGUUCUCCCCCGGCACCAGAGGAAGCCAGCCUUGCAGAUCAAUCAGCAACAUUACCCUGUGGGGGAGCAGAUUUUUCAUCCACAAGCCACUUGUCUGUGUCAUCUGGUUUCCAUGAUGUGCUCAUGGAAACAGAUAGUGGUGACAUGAGUAGUGCCAAAGAUGCCUUUAAACACUCUGUGGAAUUGAGUAAAGCUGACCCUGAUGUGUCUGUGAUGAAUCCCCAGUGUUUUGUGCCUAGUGAGGGAGCCUUUGAAGAGGCCUUAUUUGAACAAGAGUCAUCCUUAAUUGACCCAAUAUUGGGAACCCAUGUUUUGGAUAAUACCCCUGUGGUUGACCCCUUGAUGUCCACUCCUGGUAAAGCUGGUUUUGGGUCAUCUAUGGAAGCUCUGAUCUCAGCUCCUCCAUUCUCACCAUCUCAAACUGCUUGGUCCCUUAAUGGCUCAAAUUUGAACAACCAGAGUGAGGUCUUUGACAUCUCAGGCAUGCAGGGUACUACCUAUGAGGCGUCUGUGCCAGUUCCUUUGCCAUCACCAAAAAACAAAACGCCAAAAGAGGGCAAAUCAAAGCAAAACCGAAAGUCCCGUUCAUCCUCAUCAAAGAGUCCUACAUCAUCUGAAGCAAAACUGCACUCUCCACAAAAUUCUGGUUUGAACCCGGCUGCUCCACCAUUCUUCCCUAGUUUUGCUGAACCACGAGAGCAUGUGACGGACCCGCCUGCCAUGUUGCAAGUCAACACGCAGAAAAUCCAGCCAGAUGUGGAAAAAAAAGAGAGUCUGGAGAAGUCUGAUAUGUUCAGCAAAGUGGACAAGAUGGACAAGGUUGAGAAGACCGACAAGCCUGACCAGGUGAUCACAGUCGAAGAAACCGAUAUAAAGGACAAGAAGGAAAGCAAAGAUAGCAGUGACAAGCAAGAUGCAUUUAAUAAGGUGGCCAAAGUCGAAGAGACUGAUAUAAAAGACAAAAAGGAAAACAAGGAUAGUGAAAAGCAAGAUGCAUCUUACAAGGUGGAAAAAGUCAAAGAGACAUCUGUAGACAAGUCAGAUAAACCAAACAAAACUGAGCAGCCUGACAAGUCAGAAAAGGGGCAGCUACCUGAAAAAACGGGUGCAAGUAAAAAGGCUGAACAUUUAGAGCAAGUCGAAAAAAUUCCUGAUAGAAAGGCUAGUGAAGGUAAGAUGGAUCUGUCUCCAGAGAAAGACAAGGAGGUGAAAGUGGAAAAGGUGAAAAAUGUAGAACAGGUAGAGUGGAAAACAGAAACGAUCAAAGUUGAUGACAAAACAGUAGAAGACAAAAUUGAGAAAGGAAAACUUGAUCAUAAGUUAGAUGAGCAAUCAGAGAAUGAUAAUGCUGAAAAGGACAAGGAGUCUCAUGGGAAAAAUGAAAAGGACAAAGCUGAGAAACCUGAGAUUGCUCACAAGCAAGAAAAAGACAAAGCUAAAAAUGAAGUUGUUGGGUCAGGCACCAAGGAAGGAGUAGCCCCAAAAACAGAUGCAGUGGAAGAGACAAAAGCUGCAACAGUGGUGAAAAAAGAGCCAUCUCCCAAAGUGGAGAAAGAAGAGAAAACUGAAAAGGCUAAAAAAGCAGCACCUAAGCCUGUGGCAACUAAUGGUACCAGAACUGCACCAGGAAAAGACAUACCUAGUCCCGAGAAGAAAACCAAGCCUGCUACCACAACAACCAAACCUAGCAUGGCCAAACCCCGGCCAAGCACGGUGUCCAAUGCUGUGACUGCUCCUAAGCGCUCAACCCCAGCCCCUACCUCCACAACUACCACCUCAGCCACCCUCAGCAAAAAAGCACCGAUGCCCAAGGCACCCACACCCAUGGCUGGCACCAAGCGCCCUGCUUCGGCUGCCAGUCGUCUUUCCACCACACCCACAGUGCCCAGUGAGUUCAAGCCUAAGACAGCCACAGAGGCAUCAGUGCCAAAGUCCUAUACUGCUCCAUCCCGCUCCACAGCCCCCAAGAACAGUACAGCUUCCACAGCAAUGAGCAGAACCACCACAUCCAGUGCUGCCACAGCACGGCGCUCUCUGGCUACAAAGACUGAGAACAAAACAGGGGAGGAGAAGAAGCCAAGCACUCUGAAGACCACAGAUUCCAGCAAACCCAAAUCCGCGACUGCCAGACCGCCCACCGUUACCAGUAGUUCCACAACCCGCACCCGUACCACUAAACCUACCACAACCACUAACAACACAACCAGCACAGUGCCAGAAAGAAAGCCUCCUGUACCCCGUGCCCUUCGAGCCAGCUCCACUACCACUACAACUAGUACCAUAACCAGAACCAGUAGCCGCCCAGCAACAGCUCCAGCCCCUGAUGUUAAAAAUAUCCGCUCCAAGAUUGGCUCCGCGGACAACAUGAAACACCAGGCUGGAGGAGGCAAGGUCACAGUUUCUCAAAGCAAGUCGGAUGCUCUGGCUCAGGGCUCCCUCUCCAAAGAGAACAGCCAGGGCAAAGUUCAGAUAGUCUCCAAAAAGGUGGACUACAGCCAUGUAACAUCUCGCUUGGGUUCCAAGGACAAUAUCAAGCAUGUCCCUGGUGGUGGGAAUAUCCAGAUUCUCAAUAAGAAGGUGGAUUUGAGUAAAGUGACUUCAAAGUGUGGUUCAAGGGUCAACAUCAAGCAUAAGCCAGGAGGUGGAGAUAUAAAGAUUGAGUCUCAUAAAGUGAACUUCAAAGACAAAGCACAGUCUAAGGUGGGCUCCAUGGACAAUGUCAGCCAUACACCAGGAGGGGGGAAUAUUAAGGCUGAGGGGCAACAGGAGACAGUUGAGGGCAGUGGGGCUACCGCUAGUGGCUCAGCCGGCCCAGCCCAGGAGAAUGGGCUAAAGGAGGGCACUGCAUGUGGGGGCGAGGCACUCCGGGACCCCCAGGGCCUGGAUUCUCUCAUCCCUGAAACAAGCAUCUAAUUCUGCUUUUUGCUAUCACCUUAUUAUUUCAUUUCCAAAACACCUCCUGUCCACCUUUUCUUCCCACCUUCCUCUCCUCCUGUAUCGAACUGCCUUUCUGUUUUUCUUGCAAUCCUCCUUGUUGCAGAUUGAAUCUUUCAAGCUCAACUUCCGCGAAAAAGCCCGUUCUCGCACGGACCACGGCGCUGACAUCAUCACCUGGCCCGUCAUGGGUGACAGCCCUGCCCACCUCCAUCCGCUCCGCAAUAGUGUCUCGUUCAACGACUCGUUGGUAACAGCCUGCUUGCCUCGCUCCUCCACUACCCCUGCCCUCCUCUCAGCCUCUCAAGACCAAGAGGGUGAUGCUGUCUCUCUCAACACUCUCCUCACGUGACUUCCACCACACAUCUUUUAACUCUCAUAACCUCACUCCAUGGUUACACUGUUUCAAUCAGAGUAUUCAGUCUGGUGAUUAGUAGGUGAAAAUGAAUUAGGUGGAAUCUGUUCCCCGGCCCUUUCUUAGCUGUUUACCUUGUAUUCAUACUCCAUCUAUUCAACAUCCUCACUCGUAGGCUCUCUCCUGAUUGAUUUUUUUUUUUUUUCUGGAAAGUUUGGUCUUUUUCAUUGCUGCAGUCUUAGAAUUGAUCUGAUUUCCCAUAAUGUAGUUAUCUGGAUACAUGGCCUACAUUUUUGUCUUUAAACAACUCCCUUUAGAAACGUUGGUCCAUAGUGUUGUAUUGCGCCUCUAUGUCAGCAUGCGGGGCUGUCAUGUGAUCCUAAUAAGCAUCGACUACCCUGCUUCAGUAUCUUCAAGUCUCAUAAUCCACUUGCUUAUGUGGAAACUCACAUUUAACAUAUGUAGUCAGUCUCAGCUGUAGGUUUAAACUAAACUGCUCUAAAAUUGUGUUUUGUGAUGUUUUUGAGUAAAUACUGUGGCUAUGAGCUGUACGUAUGUUUGAUUUUUAAUUUCCUGUAUACUCAGAUGUUUGAUUGUGUCAUUUCUUUUCUUUUAGUAAAGCAAUACAGCAGUCUUUGCCUAUAGGACAUUAACUACGUCUUGAAACAAAUAUACACAUAAGGUACCGCUUAAAGACUCAAACACAGAUAUACACACGUCUCAGAAAGUAUUCACUCUCAGCUGAUGAUGAGGCCGGUAGAGUUAAUAGAACAGUGAAUGUGAGGAAGGAAGGAAAGGGCAUGCAUUUAUCGGAUGUUAUAUGAAGUGUGAAUUAAGUGCAAUUGAAAUGAAGUUAUUGAUUAUGUACCACAGAUUGACCUGGUGCUGUGCCUAAACAUAAGUUUGAGAUGGAAAGGGGGGAAAAAAGUAGUGUAUUUGUGCUGCUUGACCUAAAUUUAAGGCGAGAUCCUGAAUCAGUAACUACUUUUGCAAAGAUACACAGGCACUUAGAAUGUCAGACACAAAGCUUUAUGUUUGGCAAAAUCAGUUAUUGCCUUUAAUGGGAUUUGGUUGACUUGAAAAUGUCCUUAUGCGUAGUUCCAAUUCCACUACAGGUGGGUUUGGUGUGUAAAAGCAAAGCUUGCCAGUAUACUUUUUACUAAAGAGUACUUAAGAAUUAUUUGACAGUCCCAUGUACGUUCUGAAAGCACGUUGGAGGCAGCAAUUAUGUUAUAGUUUAUUUCUCCUGUAGCAUUUAAACUUAGUCACCUCUGAAUAGCUUUUUGAAUGUGGUCAUAAUCAUGUGUCCCACUUAGAAAACCUUACGUCACAAUGUUUUUUUUGGUUCCUUAUAGCGGAGAAAGAAAAUAAUUUUGCAAAAAAAUCAUGGUGUUUAAAUGCAGUGCAUUUUUUGCCUUAUAUUUAAGUGGUGAAAUGAGCUCAAAACACUACAGUCAAAUAAAUUCAAAUACUAGUUAAAUACCCUUUUAUUGGCACUAAUUACCUUCAUACUCUUGGAGGUUUUAAGCACAAUUUUUGAAUUACAAUAAAUCAUUCAAAUCCACACUGAGCUUCAUCUCAGUAAUUAUUGAUAGAUUAAAGUGCCGCUGAUGAGAAAAUCGGACGGUGGAGGGGUGAUUAUUUUGGUUAAUGGGCAAUAAAUGUUAUUAUUUAUGUAAUAGUGAUUUUGAAAACAGAGAGGUUUGUAGAUAUUUGUAUUUGAACUAUGAUGUGCAGCUUUUAAAUGCUCUGAGUAUGGGUUUCAUUGACUUUAUUUUGUAACCUUCAGCUAGGUAAAUAAAAUGUUGUGGUCAAUUUAAA